AGUUCCAGAGCUCGUGGGCUCCUGGGGGCAACGGUUACCCCACCACCAGGUCCAGGAGGCCAGCACUGGGUGCCCGACCGGGAGCCUUUGAGAGGCUGAAGCGGUAUGGAGAGCGAACAGAGAGUGUCCCGAAAAGGCCGUAAACUGGGCUCCAGCCGCCGCCGGCAGAUGCGAGAAGCAGCUGACAGCCCGGAUGCCCCCGUGGCCCCAGAGCCAGAGUCCUGGCCCCCGCAGGCGGCCGCGGAGCUGCAGGCCUUCUUCCAGGACUGUGGUGCCAAGGAGAGGGGCUUUGUCACCCGCGAGGACCUGGCGGUGGCCAAGUUCACCUUCCUGGGCAGCGAGGACGAACUGGAGAUGAUCUUCGACUGGGUGGAUGUGGAGCAGAAGGGACGCCUCUCCCUGGAAGACUUCAGCUCUGGGCUCAAGAACAUCUUCGGCUCCGGCUCCCAUGGGCUCCGCAGAAAGAGGCCAGUGCCCUCCAAGAGAGAGUCUGCAGCCACCAGCUUCCCAGUGCUAGAGGAGGCUGACCCUGAGGAGAAAGAGGCCUUCUUUGCCUUUGUCCAGCAGCUGGGGGCAGGCCACUUACCUCCUGAGCAGGCGGAGGUCUGGCAGCUGUGGAGGGAGCUGCGGAGGGAGGAGCCCCAGCUGGCGGGCAACCUGGAGGGCUUCCUGGCCAGGGUGACCAGCCGCCUGCGGGAGGCCCAGGCCGACAAAGAGGCUCUGGAGCUGACGCUGCAGAAGCGGGACUCGGAGCACCAUCGAGAGGUGCAGCGGCUCUACGAGGAGGCGGAGCAGCAGAUCCUCCGGGAGAAGCAGCGGCUGCAGGCCGAGAGCGACUCCCGGGGCCUGGCCUUCAGCACCCAGAUGCAGGAAGUCCUGGAGGCCAAGGAGCGUGAAUAUCAGCGGCUGACCGAGGGCCAGAAGCAGCUGGAGGCCCAGCUGCACCACCUCAGCGACUCACACCAGGCGGCCAGCGCCGAGAACCAGCAGCUUCGGGAGGCCGAGCGUGACCUGGCCGGGCAGCUGGAGGAGGUGCAGGGGAGGCUGCGGGAGACCAGAGGGCAGCUGAAUGCCGCCAGGGGCCACGUGUCCUGGCAGAUGGAGGAUGAGCCAAGUGUCCCCAGAGCAGGCGAGGAGAAGGUUGCAGACACCGAGGCAGUGUCCUCAGAGGAGGCUCCCCUGCCUGAACUGUUUGGGGAUGAGGACGCCUGGGCUGCUCCCCCAGGAGAACAAGGCACCCUACCAUCCAGGGCAGAGAACAGACCCGAAGACCCAGGAACUGCUUGCAGGGAGGCUGGGCCGACCCCAUCCCCAGGGCCCCUCGCUGCCGCCGCUGCUGCUGGUGAGCCUCCCGCCGACCCUGAUCACCUCUUUCACGUCAUCUUCCUGGGAGACUCAAACGUGGGCAAAACGUCCUUCCUACACCUGCUGCACCAGAACACCUUCAACCCUGGGCUGACAGCUACUGUGGGAGUGGAUUUUCGGGUCAAAACGCUGCUGGUGGACAACAAGUGGUUCGCACUGCAGCUCUGGGACACGGCUGGCCAGGAGAGGUACCACAGCAUGACUCGGCAGCUCCUCCGCAAGGCUGAUGGAGUGGUACUCAUGUACGACGUCACCUCCCAGGAGAGCUUUACCCACGUGCGCUACUGGCUGGACUGUCUCCAGGUCACUCAAGAUGCAGGAGGACCUCCAGAAGGAUGCGCUGGUGGAGGUGACGCCCAAGAGGCCACCGAAGAGAGCUGGGUGCUGCUUCUGACCUUGUGGCCGGGACCAGACGGCACCCCGUGGGUCUCCUGCUCCUCGGCUCCUGUCCCCCCUGUCUGGACACAGCAACGACAGACACGGCCAGCUCAGUUCAGGAAAACGGUCCUCAGGUUAGGCCUCGGAUCCCAGGGAAGGGCUGCACUAACGCUGCCCUUUGCGCUCUGAAAAGGAUUUUGCUGAGGCGCUGGUGGUGGUGGCGGCGAAAACUUUUUACAGAAAGGAAAAGUCUAGAAAAAUGAAGGAACGAAAACACACUGCGUUGCUGGCCACACAUCUCUGGGUGGUAAAAUUGCAGGGUGAAUGUGUGGAGGUGUUAUUUCCCUUUUUGUACGUAUUUGUAUUUCCAGAUCUGCAGCGACUCGGUACUCUUUAUAUCAUCAAAAAUAAACAUG